AUGGAGCUACCUGAACUUCCAGGCAAUGAGUUUGGGGACAUGUUGGGUCCCCACACACACUACCUUGAUUCCUCCUCCUCCUCCUCCGAAGCCGAUUUCGGAUUCGCCUUCAACGACAGCAACUUCUCCGAUCGGUUGCUCCGGAUCGAGAUCAUGGGCCGCGGCUCUAACCCCGACGCUGAAGGGUAUGGGAGCAUCGCCGAUUGGGCUCGUCGCCGCAAGAGGAGAAGAGAGGAUACUAUCAAGAAGGAAUCUGUUACCAUUUCAGACAUUCUCGCGGGUGCUGAGGAGCGGGUUUUGACUAAUGAGCAGCCUGAUAUGGAUGAAGGCGAGGCUAUGAUUGAAGAGGCUUUUUCAGGUGAUGAUGAGGACGAUGUGACUAGUGCCCCAAACUGGGGGCUUGAGUGGUUGGACUGUUUUAGUGUUAAAAGGGUUAGGGAGCUUCAUAUUAGUUCUCCUAUCUUAGCUGCCAAAAGCCCUUUCUUUUACAAGCUUUUCUCCAAUGGAAUGAUGGAAUCUGGACAAAGGCAUGUCACUCUUCUAAUCAAUGCAUCAGAGGAAGAUGCGUUGAUGGAGCUUUUAAACUUUAUGUAUACCAACACGGUGUCUGUCACCACAGCACCUGCAUUGUUAGAUCUGCUCAUGGCUGCUGAUAAGUUCGAGGUCGCCUCUUGCAUGAGUUACUGCAGCAGACUUCUCCGCGACAUGCCUAUGACUACCGAGUCUGCGCUGCUUUACCUCGACCUUCCCCCCACUGUUCUAGUGGCUACACCCGUUCAGCCUUUAACCGAUUCUGCAAAGAAGUUCCUUGCUGCCCGUUACAAGGACUUUACCAAGUUUCAAGAGGAGUUUAUGUCUCUCCCCUUGGCGGGAAUUGAGGCGGUUUUGUCAAGCGACGAUCUCCAAGUUGCAUCAGAGGAUGCAGUUUACGAUCUUAUCUUGAAAUGGGCAAGAGCGCAGUACCCUUCGUUGGAGGAGCGGAGAGAGAUUCUCGGGUCACGCCUCGCACGCUCCAUCCGCUUCCCGUUCAUGACGUGCCGUAAGCUGAAGAAGGUGCUGACAUGCAGUGACUUCGAGCACGAACUAGCGUCAAAGCUUGUUCUGGAAGCGCUCUUCUUCAAGGCGGAAACCCCACACAAGCAGCGUAGCCUAGCCGCGGAAGAGUCAGCCUCAGUGCACCGCCACCUCAUAGAGAGGGCUUACAAAUACAGACCGGUCAAAGUACUUGAGUUCGAGCUUCCUAUGCCGCAGUGCGUGGUCUACCUAGACCUGAAGAGAGAAGAAUGCAUUGGAUUGUUCCCUUCAGGGAGAGUCUAUUCUCAGGCCUUUCACAUAGGCGGUCAAGGGUUCUUCCUCUCAGCGCAUUGCAACUUGGACCAGCAGAGCUCGUUUUACUGUUUCGGGCUGUUCCUAGGGAUGCAGGAGAAAGGGUCGGUGAGCUUUGGAGUGGACUAUGAGUUCUCGGCGAGGUCAAACCCAUCGGAGGAGUUCAUAAGCAAGUACAAAGGGAACUAUACGUUCACUGGAGGGAAAGCAGUUGGGUACAGGAACUUGUUUGGGAUUCCAUGGACGUCUUUUGUUGAGGAGGAUAAUCUUUACUUCAUCAAUGGCAUCCUCCAUCUCAAGGCUGAGCUUACCAUCAGAAGGUCUACAGAUCCUUAGUGACCUUUUCUCUUUGUUCCUUCAUGGCAGACUUAUCUUUGCUACAUCUCUUCUCUCUAACCAAACUUUUAUUUUAGACUUUGAAGUUUAUAUAACUUUAUAAAACUUUUCUAAAUCAGCGACAUUUAAGAAUGAUGUAAAUGCGUUUGGGUUUGGUAUAUUUCUGUUUAUGCUU